AUGAUCUAUCAUUUAAUAUUCGUUAAUUCACAUACAUCUAUCUAUCUAGCAUGCAGGAGGGAGUUCCACGUGCGAGAAAUUAUCUAUCUAUCUAUCUAUCUAUCUAUCUAUCUAUCUAUCUAUCCCCGUUUCUUCAUAUCUAUCUGUCUGUCUAAAUUAUCUAUCUAUCUAUCUAUCUAUCUAUCUAUCUAUCUAUCUCAUUCUCUUCAUAUCAUAUCUAUCUAUCUAUCUAUCUAUCUAUCUAUCUAUCUAUCUAUCUAUCUAUCUAUCUAUCUAUUCUCUUCAUUCUAUUCAUCUAUCUAUCUAUCUAUCUAUCUAUCUAUCUAUCUAUCUAUCUAUCUAUCUAUCUCAGGCUCUUUAAAUCUAUCUAUCUAUCUAUCUAUCUAUCUAUCUAUCUAUCUAUCUAUCUAUCCACUAAUUGGUAUUACCCCAAGCAAUUUUGCUAACGUUUUCUUCAUUCACCACCUCCUUUUUUCUUCUUCUUUUUUCUCUCCUUUAUUCUUUUCAUUUGUUCUUUUACGUUUUAUAUUAUUUUUCCUUCUUAUUUUCAUUUGUCAUAAUUUUUCCUUUUUAUUCUUUUUCCUUUCCUUGUUUUUUCACUCUUUAAAUAUCCUUUGCUUUCCUUUUUUCUUUUGUCAUAAUCUUUCUAUUUUCUUUUCUUCUUUCCUUUUGCCUCUUCACGCUUUAUAUUACUUUUGCUUUUUUCCUUUGUCAUCGUCUUUUUCUUUUUCCUUUUCUUGUUCUUUCACUCUAUAA